AAGGCGGGGAUCCGGAAGACAAGAAGUAGUCAGCUGUAAAUCUUCCCUUCCGCUGGGGAGGGACGGCGAGUGACAGCUGGCAACCAUGUUUCAGUUUUUGCUUGGUUUUGCAGUUGGCAAUGUAGUUGGAAUGUAUUUGGCCCAGAACUAUGAUGUUCCAAACAUUGCAAAGAAGAUUGAAGACAUCAAGAGAGAUGUGGAAGCUAAAAAGAAGCCUCCAAGUGAUAAAUGAUGUUGAUUUAGGCAUCCUUCUAUUCAACAUAGAUGGUAUACUUUAACCAUCCAGCCACAGAAUCUUGUCUAUACUGGUAGACAGGGGGAAGGACUGGAAAGUUGGAAUGUUGUCCCAACUAAUGCAAAUUUUCAAAGAGGAUGACAUUCAGAGGUCAAAGCUAAUUUUACAUAAAGCAGCAUGGAAUUGUUUCUCUGGAUUGCAUAUCUGUUACUAUUAAGUCAAUUGAGCCGUAUGUCAAGAUCAGCAAAGCUCUGCUUUACAACAGUGACCGUCUUCUGAAAUUGACAAAUGGGCUUUUGAAGAAUUAGAAAUUAUUUCCCAAGUCUGCCUGUAAUGGUGCAAAAAAAAAAAAAAAAAGUAUAUAUAGUGGUACAAAAUAAAAGCUGUUUUUUUACUUCCUCUGA